UUUACUCCUAGGAUUUAUAUUGUGCUUAGAACUGGUAAUGAAGGUGUAAAAAAUGCGUGUUUAAUCAGUGAAUCAGCCCCUCUAAAUAAUUUCAGCCGACAGGACCACUGCACAUCCAGCUGUAGGCUUCAGUUUGAAAAUAUUUACAUUUAAAAGAACACAAAAAUAAAAGAGAGGAUUUCAGUGAACAAAUAAACAAAACCACAGCAGCUGUUUCAGAAGUUUGACAAUGUACCUUUCUUAUACUUUCGCCUCACUGAACAUAAUUUCUUUUGUAAAAGCUCCUGCCGGAAAUCAAUAUGAAACGCUGUCUUGGGAAUACAACACUUCUGUGUCCCUCCACUCCCCGUCCAGCACCCUCCCUCUGAUGUAAACCACACUGUAAUGCUGCUGUGGAAAAGGAGGCAUUGACCGCAAACCAAUGCAAGCCAUGGGGCUGAAGGAGCCGCAACGACCACCACAGGCCACUCAGGAAGGACGGGCCGCAGAGCGGACAUCUACAAAUACAUUGCACCAGCUAGAGUCUCCAGAAACGGUUCCGUCCUCAAAAGGCAACGACUGACGAGCUUGAAUGCUGCAUUUGCACAGGCAGACCGUGGUUUGCAGUUCAUAUUGUAUUUUCUGUGUCGUUAGAAAGCCAUGGGAUUGGGGCUGAAACUCCUGCUUUUCUUUAACGCAGUGCAAUGGCAUCUGGUAUGCCCCGAAUGCAGUCGGGCCUCAGUCUAAUCAUGCAAAAGAGAAUUGUGUGUUUCAUGCUUAUUCUUUGUAGAUUUCGUUCUUCUAUUGUAGCAAUCUCAGCAGGAUGCAUGAUACGGAGACCCCAAAACAGUGCUUAGCUAGUAAAAACACCCCCUCUACAAAUUCUUGCUGAAGUCCCAGCUAGAAUCUCGUGAUGAUCUAGCCACGAGGCCAGUCUCCUGCGCAGACGCACCCCCUUCGCCUACUGACGUCACCCCGCGGCGCUGGAGGAAUUCCCUGGGCCCACCAGUAUCCCAGCAUCCACCGUGCCGAACUGCAGCGGAUUGACAAAGAAAAAGAGAAAAAAAAACCGAGAGAAAACAACAGGGUGGUAUUUAAACAACAAUAUACAUUAAAAAAAUAAUUAACGCGGGCUGCUCACCAUGCAGUUAAAGCAUUGAGGCCGACUUGCAGAAGAGGAGAAAACUCAGAGCCCGGAGCGAGCGUGUGGAGCUGCAGAGAGAGAGAGAGAGAGAGACGAGGCCGUGUCAAUGCAGCAGCACAGACGGCAGCCUGAGCUGGUGGAAGGAAGUCUUCCCGUCUUCGUGUUCCCCACGGAACUCGCCUUCUACGCAGACGACCAGGCCUCGCAUAAGCAGGUGCUCACCCUGUACAACCCCUACGAGUUUGCCUUAAAAUUUAAAGUCCUGUGCACAGCUCCCAACAAGUAUGCGGUGGUGGAUUCUGCUGGUGCUGUGAAGCCACAGUGCUGCGUUGACAUCGUGAUCCGUCACCGGGAUGUGCGUGCCUGUCACUAUGGUGUGAUAGACAAGUUCCGGCUGCAGGUGUCAGAGCAGAGCCAGCGCAAGGCCCUGGGGCGGAAGGAGGUGAUCGCUACUCUUCUACCCUCCACACAGGAGCCCCGGCAGCAGAAACAGCAGGAGGAGAAGAGGAUCAAAGAGCACCUGGCAGAGAGCGUCUUCUUCGAGCAAGCCUCCUUCCAGCAAGAAAGCAGAGCAGCCUCUGCAGGGCCCAGCCUCCUCACUGUGUUCCUGGGCCUGGUGUGCGUGGCCGCCCUCAUGCUGCCCACCCUGGGUGAACUCGAGUCCAGAGUGCCGGUCUACCUCCAUUUAAGUGUUAACAAGAAACUAGUCGCUGCUUAUGUAUUAGGUCUCGUCACCAUGGUUGUUCUCCGGACAUGAAGUGCCCCAGGUUCGAGUAGCCUUGUGAAUGGACUUGGGAGGAGCGCACUGCAGACACGCGGAGUGGAAACUAACCGGGGAAGUCAUUUCAUAAUAAAUCACGCGAUUAAACUUACAGCGACACAGAGAAGUGAAUGCAUCACGCGACCAGGAUGGGCUGAAAGCACGGUGCUUCUUCAAGCAGGGGGCUGUCCGGGGAGAGGGAGGGGUCCAGAUUCAGAGACAACGCUGCGGGGUUUUCUAUCGAUAAACUGAAACA